CUAUGGUUUCCGGGGCGAGGCGGCAAAAGGAAGGUCUACUCCCGGCGUCGCGCUGCAAGUGUCGCGCUGCGGGCGUCCUUUGCGGCAAGUCUCCGUGUCGCAAGCAGAUCAUCCAGUAGCGGCGGCCGGCGAGGAGACUAGGGCACCGCGGCUGGACGCCAUGCCUUUCUUUGAUAUACAGAAAAGGCUGGGUGUUGACUUAGACCGCUGGAUGACAAUCCAGAGUGCUGAGCAGCCACACAAGCUUUCAUCUCGGUGCCAUGCUUUUGAAAAAGAAUGGAUAGAAUGUUCACAUGGAAUUGGUGUUAUCCGCGCAGAGAAAGAGUGCAAGUUAGAGUAUGAUGAUUUUGUAGAAUGUCUGCUUCGGCAGAAAACGAUGAAACGUCUUAGUGCCAUCAUGAGGCAGCGGGAUAAGCUAAUAAAGGAGGGGAAGUAUACGCCUCCCCCCCACCACCAGGGCAAGGAGGAUCCCAGGCCCUGAACAGAGGAGUUGCUGAUGGCUGGAGGCUGAUUUCACAUCUGGUCUUCUCCACUGGAAAAGUAAUGUACGGACAAACUCUUUGUGAAAGUGUCUGACAAUAAAGGAUUGUUCCAUCCUA